AUGGCAUCGACAGUCAAUGGAGAGAACCACAAUGUUAACCUUUGGGAAUCUCAAAAAAAUAUGCUGACACAGUCAUUAAAGGACAAUGAUAUAGAGGUAUAUACAAUCAUUAAGAAGGAAAGCAAUCGGCAAAAGACUGGGUUGGAACUGAUUGCUUCAGAGAAUUUUGCAAGUCGAGCAGUUCUGGAAGCAUUGGGUUCUUGCUUGAAUAAUAAGUACUCAGAAGGAUACCCAGGCCAGAGGUAUUAUGGCGGUACUGAGUUUGUGGAUGAAUUGGAGAUUCUGUGUCAGAAGAGUGCUCUGCAGGUUUAUGGCCUGGACCCACAAAGCUGGGGGGUCAAUGUUCAGCCAUACUCGGGAUCUCCUGUGAAUUUUGCGGUGUACACAGCCCUAGUGGAACCACAUGGGAGGAUUAUGGGUCUAGACCUGCCUGAUGGGGGUCACUUCACCCAUGGAUUCAUGACAGAUAAGAAGAAAAUCUCUGCCACCUCCAUCUUUUUUGAGUCCAUGCCCUAUAAGGUAAACCCAAAUACUGGCUAUAUUGACUAUGACAAACUAGAAGAAAAUGCCCGACUCUUUCACCCGAAACUGAUCAUUGCAGGAGUCAGCUGCUAUUCUAGGAACCUGGACUAUGCCCGAAUGUGGAAGAUUGCAGACAGUAAUGGAGCGUACCUCAUGGUUGACGUGGCCCACAUCAGUGGACUAGUGGCUGCUGGAGUAGUCCCCUCUCCCUUUGAACACUGUGAUGUAGUGUCCACCACCACACACAAAACCCUUCGGGGCUGUCGGUCUGCCAUGAUCUUCUAUAGGAAAGGAGUGCGCAGCGUGGACCCUAAGACAGGCAAAGAGACGAUGUACAAUCUGGAGUCACUCAUUAAUACAGCUGUUUUCCCAGGGCUACAGGGAAGGCCUCACAACCAUGCCAUUGCAGGAGUUGCUGUAGCCCUGAAGCAAGCCUUGACGCCUGAAUUUAAGGCUUAUCAGCAACAGGUGGUUGCCAACUGCAGAGCCCUUUCUGCAGCCCUGAUGGAGCUGGGUUACCACAUUGUAACAGGUGGUUCUGACAACCACUUGAUUCUUGUGGACCUACGAGGCAAAGGCACAGAUGGAGGAAGAGCUGAGAGGGUGCUAGAAGCUUGCUCUAUUGCUUGUAACAAGAAUACCUGCCCAGGAGACAAAAGUGCAUUAAGACCCAGUGGACUGAGACUAGGAACCCCAGCUCUGACCUCCCAGGGACUACUAGAAAAAGAUUUCUACCAAGUAGCCCUCUUUAUUCAUGAAGGAAUAGAACUGGCUCUGCAGAUUCAAAAAGACCUCGGUCCCCAGGGCACCAUGAAAGAAUUCAAGGAGAAACUUUUGGGGGAUGUGAAGUAUCAGGGUGUUAUCAAGGCCCUCAAAGACAGGGUGGAGACCUUUGCAGCUAUAUUCCCUCUGCCUGGAAUCCCUGGUUUUUAA